CAUCCACCCAAUCUACUUUAUACAGCGAGUCUAUGUAUGAUUUGAUCCUAUCAGCAACCCCUCAAUCCAAAUCCUAGACAUUGAACAACACCCCCAUUUCAAUAUCCCUCCAGCCUCGAGCUCCGGGACGCAAUGGCACCCCCGCGCCAGCGCACCACAGCUAUCGUGGAUGACUCGAGGUCCGAAGCCUCGAGCGGCACGAGAGAAUACCCCAAAGCCACCAAGUCUCGCAGACCAGCUGCUGCAAAAGAGAAAGCCUCGAUCACCAGCGCACCCGUCGUGGACAACCAGCACGCAGAAGAACAACCCCGACUCCCCUGGACAGACCUUCCCCUCGAAAUCCUCCACUCCUACCGCCACGUCCACAAACUUCCCACGCCCUCCGCUUUUUCAAGUGACUACUCCCGCCUAAUCCUCUCGCAAGGCAUCGGCCUUCGCUCGCCAACCUCCCUCGCCGCCCGCCGCGCUCAAUCCUCCUCAUCCCAGAACCACUCCCACUCCCACCGAACAAACACCUCGUCGGACUCCCUCUCUGACUCAACGCUGCGUCGCACCGUCGGCCAGGACCGCGUGAGCAAAGAUCAGUUCGCGCUUGUCGUCCGGAAACACUUCAACAGCGCUGGUCUCUCGGAGCAAGAAACUAUUGCGCGGUUUCUGUACACCGUCCGUGAGGACAGGAGAGGGAGACAGUUCCGAUUGCGAUUUCAGCCGUAA